UGCCGGAAGCGCCGGGACUCCAGAUUCAGUCGAGAACUUGGACGGAGAUGAGCUUCGCGGGCUACCGCGCGCCUAUCGCCUAAGCCGCACCCCACGCCAAUCUCAAUAAGACUUGGAUCGUGUUCAAGGCCCAGCGAUGGCCCGCGAAUCCCUCUUCUCCUGCCCAGGUGAUCCCACAACUCAUAGGAUACCUCCGAGCUGAGCGGAGGACUGCAGCUACUCUCUUCACGUGCGGUGCACGUCUAUCACUACCUAGGCCUACUUCGGCAAGCGUCUUGGAUGUAUGUAGACCACGCCGACUACGUGUUUCAGGUAUCCUACUACCUGGGGACGCUGUUCAACGCCCUGCUCUACGGGAUUGAGCUCGUGAUAUACAUCGCCAGCGUUCACAUGGUUAUGCGCCGUGGAGCAAAGCCCAUGCGUUCGCAAGGGACUCGUUUUCUCUUAGUCUUCAGCACUGGUUUGCUCCUGCUCACCACCAUAUGGGGCGCCGUCGAAGCCUCAUUGGGACGGCGGAUGUGGAUCGCAAAUCCGAACUAUUCAGGAGGGUCCGCAGUGUACCUGGCCAAAAACGCGCCGAUGGGGUACAAGAUCGCGGGCAGUGCGGCGGCCGUCGUGCUCAAUUUGAUGACCGAUGGCCUGCUGCUCUAUCGCUGUUACGUAGUUUGGGCAGACGUCCGGGUGAUCAUCCUCCCGUGUUUCCUCUACCUCUCGACGGUCCCGCUCGGGAUACUCACCUUGUUCGUCAAUGCCGUUCGGUCCGAACCGCGCUUAUGGUUAGGUGGGAUGCAGCCGUAUACGCUCGCGUACACCUCGGUGGCCAUCUCGUCAAACCUCCUCGUGUCUGCGCUCAUUUGCGCCCGCAUCCUCUUCCUCGCCAGGCACACCAGGGCCGCGCUCGGGGACGAGGCUGCGCAUAUGUACACGAACGCCGUCGCGCUGGUGGUCGAGUCCGCGCUGGCGUAUGCGGUCUGCGGCGUGGUGUACGUCGUGUUUCUCGCGGUGCAAAGCCCGAUGAGCGUCAUGUUCGCAUCGUUUUACGUUAUGUUCACCUGCCUCGCAUCCCAAAUGAUCGUCCUCCGAGUACUCAUGGGCCGUGCUUGGACGCAGGAAGCUGUCGCCCACUCUACGACGAGGAUACAGUUCACCACAGCCAUUGUUGUUGCAUGCCCGAGUUUCGACGCUACGCAAAACUCACUUGAAUCUCGCAAUGGGCACAGCAGGGUACCUAUCGACUUAUGGACGGAUGCCGAACUAGCAUCUUCAGACGACCACGGGGACUCCAUCGCAGCGUUGUUUUGACCGCGGUCAUGACCGAAGCCAUGACCGAUUUUGACUAGCUUGACUGGUCAUGACGGUUGGUCAAAGGUCAACGCGUGAUCUAGGCGACCGGUCGCUUGUGGGGUCGCACUAAUCACGUUGAUUGGGACCAGCAGCUAUGGAUGGCCCGACUAAUUGUGUAUGCCUAGGUAGAAAUUGUAUAGAAUUGAAGCAGCAUUUUUC